AUGGUCGCCUUUUCCUCGACAUCCAAAACCCAGCCGCAGCCUGCCUACCAUGCCACACCAGGCUCAAUCCUCAACGUGGACAAAGCCUUCUACACCAACCUCGCCUCGGCCAACCGCACGCUCACCCACUCCUUCACCCUUCCCAUCCGCUCCGGCCGCGCCUGGGAAGCGCCUGCCGGCUCUAUAGUCCGCAUUUCCACUCCGGAAGGACCUCAAGUGGGCGAUCUGAAUAUCUGGAACUUCGACAAUCCCCGCGAACGAUUCUGGGCCGCUCGCACACGGCAGCUGCACGCCAGCCACCUCACCACGCACGAUCGACUAUGGAGCUGUCUUCCCUUCCUGCGACCGAUGGUCACUAUCAUCGCGGACUCGCUAAGUGAAUACGGCGUUGACAAGUGGGGUGGACGAUGCCACGACUUGCUCGGCACGAGGUGCGAUCCGUACGUCAACAAGAUGCUCUCCGGCGACUCGUACGACUUCCACUGUCAUUCGAAUCUCACGCGGGCGGUGUUACCAUACGGCCUUACGGAGUUCGAUGUACACGAUGUAUUGAAUGUGUUUCAGGUGACAGGAUUGGAUCCCGAUGGGAAGUACUUUAUGGAAGCGUCACCGGCCAAGAAGGGUGAUUUUAUUGAGUUCUUUGCGGAGCAGAGGGUUUUGAUGGCGUUGAGUACGUGUCCGGGUGGAGAUUUGAGUACGUGGGGUUGGGGUGAGGGUGGAGCUGGGGAGGAAGGAGAGAAGAAGAGUAUGAUCGACUGUUGUCGGCCGCUGAAGGUGGAGGUCUUCAGGCUGGAGGACGAGAGUGUAUUGAAGGGAUGGAGGGAGCCUGAGAGACCUUGUUAUGAGGGGAGGCAUGGGAUGAAGGUGCCGCUUGGAGAGAAGCAAGUCUGA